UCCCUCGGAGCGCCCCGCUGCACCGGCUUCUGGGGUGUUCUCCAACCACGGCCCAGCCCCGCCACACCCCCUGCCCCUGGCCUUCGCAGCUCGGCAUGGGCGCGGGGGCGCUCGCCCUGGGCGCCUCCGAGCCCUGCAACCUGUCGUCGGCUGCUCCGCUUCCCGAAGGCGCGGCCACAGCCGCGAGACUGCUGGUGCCGGCAUCGCCGUCCCCCUCUUUGGUGCCCCCAGUGAGCGAAGGCCCCGCACCGCUGUCGCAGCAGUGGACGGCCGGCAUGGGCCUACUGAUGGCGCUCAUCGUGCUGCUCAUCGUGGCGGGCAACGUGCUGGUGAUCGUGGCCAUCGCCAAGACGCCGCGGCUGCAGACGCUCACCAACCUCUUCAUCAUGUCCCUGGCCAGCGCCGACCUGGUCAUGGGGCUGCUGGUGGUGCCGUUCGGGGCCACCAUCGUGGUGUGGGGCCGCUGGGAGUACGGCUCCUUCUUCUGCGAACUUUGGACCUCGGUGGACGUGCUAUGUGUGACGGCCAGCAUCGAGACCCUGUGUGUCAUCGCCCUGGACCGCUACCUCGCCAUCACGUCCCCCUUCCGCUAUGAGAGUCUGCUGACCCGCGCGCGGGCGCGGGUCCUCGUCUGCACCGUGUGGGCCAUCUCGGCCCUGGUAUCCUUCCUGCCCAUUCUCAUGCACUGGUGGCGGGACAAGGGCGAAGAGGCGCUCCGCUGCUAUGAGGACCCCAAGUGCUGCGACUUCGUCACCAACCGGGCCUACGCUAUCGCCUCGUCCGUCGUCUCCUUCUACGUGCCCCUGUGCAUCAUGGCUUUCGUGUACCUGCGGGUGUUCCGCGAGGCCCAGAAGCAGGUGAAGAAGAUCGACAGCUGCGAGCGCCGCUUCCUCGGCGGCCCCGCGCGGCAGCCCUCGCCCGCGCCCUCUCCGACCCCUCCGCGCGCCCCUGCCCCGGUGGCCAACGGCCGCGCCGGCAAGCGGCGGCCCUCGCGCCUCGUGGCCCUCCGCGAGCAGAAGGCGCUCAAGACCCUGGGCAUCAUCAUGGGCGUGUUCACGCUCUGCUGGCUGCCCUUCUUCCUAGCGAACGUGGUGAAGGCCUUCCACCGCGACCUGGUGCCCGACCGCCUCUUCGUCUUCUUCAACUGGCUGGGCUACGCCAACUCGGCCUUCAACCCCAUCAUCUACUGCCGCAGCCCCGACUUCCGCAAGGCCUUCCAGCGCCUGCUCUGCUACGCGCGCCGGGACGCCCGGGGCUGCCAUGCGGCCCCCGGCGACCGGCCGCGCGCCCCGGGCUGCCUGGCUGUGGCCGGGCCGCCACCGUCGCCCGGGGCCGACGACGACGACGACGACGACGUUGGGGCCGCACCGCCCGCGAGCCUGCUGGAGCCCUGGGCCGGCUGCAACGGCGGGGCGGUGGCGGACAGCGACUCGAGCCUGGACGAGCCGACCCGCCGGGGCUCCGGCUCGGAAUCCAAAGUGUAGGGCCGCGCGAGCUGCGGGACGCCAGGGCCCCGCCACGCUGCCGGCCUGGGACGCGGAGUCUGCGUCCCGGGGAGGAGGAGCGCCCGGGCACCCUGGAAUGGCUUCCCAGGGGAAAGGGGAGAGCUUGUGUUUACUCAAGACCGAAAGCAGGUGAAUGCGACGCCCACAAACCUCGUCCGAAUCAGCCAAGACAAAAAGAAAAGCCACGCACCGUUGCACGAAAAGGAAAGUUUGGGGAGGGAUGGGAGAGUGGCUUGCGGGUUUUGCUGGAGUUCUUUGAUGUUUGUGGUUGGCCUUCUUCUGUGUGUGCGGGUAAUGCAUCUUUAGAUUUUUGUUUUCCCCCUCCACGUGGUUUUUUGACACUUUUCGACAAGGACCGGAGUGAAAGUUGGGUGGAUAGGGGAAGGGAGAAGCAUUAGGGAAUAAAAGUGUCUCGUUGGCGUCCACCCCAUUCCAGGGGAACAGGAGCAUUCAGCUGGGGCGGGGUGGGGGACAGCUUGUCAGGGCGUGUUCCCUUUUGCUUUCCAGACAGUUUUCAUUUUAACUUCUGGGUAACGAUUCCUCCUGUUCUUAAAGCAAAGCGAAAGGAUGGAUGCAGAAAUCGUGUUUCAAGCCAUUUUCAGCUAUUCUUAGAACAAGCCUCACCUUGCUUAGCUUUC